AUGAGAAAUCCGCGCCCGGGGACCGUUUAUCAGAGUGCCUACAAUCCCAUUGAUUUAUAUGGUGAUGAUAUUGAGGUGGACUAUCGUGGCUAUGAAGUUACCGUUGAGAAUUUCAUCAGAGUCGUAACCGGUCGUCUGCCGCCCUCGGCACCCGCAUCCAAAAAACUCAACACUGAUCAGUACAGUAACAUUCUCAUUUACAUGACCGGACACGGUGGCAACGGGUUCUUGAAAUUUCAAGAUGACAAUGAGCUAUCUAGUGUCGAACUAGCCGAUGUUGUCAACCAAAUGUGGCUUCGUCGCAGAUACAAUGAGAUGCUUAUUAUUACCGACUCUUGCCAAGCUGAAUCGAUGGGAAGUCAAGUCUAUUCUCCAAAUGUCAUCACAAUUGGCAGUAGUAAAGUUGGAGAAGACUCUUUUGCGCAUCAUUUUGAUUCUACCAUUGGCGUGUUCGUUGCUGAUCGAUACUCUUAUUACGCACUUCAGUUCCUGGAAAAGUUGACUCACGAAAGUCGGCAAAAUAUCGUAGAAUUUGUGAGUGUCCGUUCCAUUCCCAUCCUGUUAAAGUUGUGCUCUUUUGACAUGUGCAAAUCCACGGUUAAAUUCCGUACCGAUUUGCUUGUCAGGGAACCUCACGAUGUGUUAGUUACUGAUUUCUUCUCUAGCACCCAUCAUAUUGAAAGUGGAUCAUAUCUCCUUCCUUCUGGAGAUACCAAUUUAACGAAUGAAGUGUACACUGAAAAUGCCAGUACCUCAAACAAGCCAAUUAUCGACCAUACUUGGACAUAUGUGCAACCCUUUCCUGCGGAGUUGGCAUCUUUGUAA